AUGGAAAUAGGCAAACGGAACAUCCAUGAGCGAAAGAGUCUGCCCAUGGCGCGCUUUGACACUGGGCUCUUCUUCCACGCCUUUGACAUCGGAGUUGUCUGCAGGUCGAAGCCCAACACUGUUCGGCCCAUGCUGGAGCAACUUUUCGACUUGCAUGAGAAAGGAGUGUUGCGGCCAGCUUUCCCGUUGCAAGUGCAUGGCGUGUCAGACCUAGAGAAGAUCCUCCGAGUCAUGCAGCGAGGCGAUAACAUGGGCAAAAUUGUGAUAGAGAUGCGACCCGAAGACAAGGUAAAGGCCGUCCUAGAGAGGAAGCCAACCACCUCACUUAGGAAGGAUGCAACUUAUAUGGUAGCUGGCGGUCUUGGGGGGCUCGGAAGAAGUAUGGCCGCAUGGCUUGUAGACCGCGGCGCCCGCCAUCUCAUUUUGCUAGCGAGAUCAGGGCCACGGACGCAAGAGGCUCGCGAUUUUGUCGAAAGUCUGACUCUCAGGGGUGUCCAAGUUGCCACUCCGCCUUGCGAUAUCAGCGACUCCGAUGCACUCCGAUCGGUCCUCGACAACUGCUCAUCUACUAUGCCACCUAUUCGUGGCGCUAUCCAGGCGACGGGACUUCUCCGCGAUGCUGUCUUUGAGAGAAUGUCAUAUGAAACAUGGCAGGCCGCCGCCGCGCCAAAGACGUUGGGAUCCUGGAACAUGCACUCUCUCCUUCCAACCAACUUGGACUUCUUCAUUGGUAUAUCAUCAGUAGCUGGCGUAGCAGGUGGUCGGGGUCAAGCCAACUACGCCGCUGCAAAUACCUACAUCGAUGCCCUCAUGAAGUACCGGGUUGAUCAAGGGCUGCAUGGGGUCGCGCUUGACCUGGGGAUAUUCCUCGACAUUGGCUUUGCGACUCAGAAUGUCGAUCUUUGGGCACGCUGGGAGGCACAACGGCCCCUGACAGUAACUGAGCCUGAGUUGUUCCCCCUCCUGGACUGCUGCUGCUCUGAGAGCAUACCUACUCAAGUGGUAUUCGGAAUUAAUAGCUUUGUUCAAGAUCCAUCCAUCAGGCACCAAUUCUUUCGCAAGGCAAUGCUUCGAACGCUGGCACUGGAGGACGAAAAGGAAAGCGACAACUCACGGGGGCUAGGCAAGCAAUUGGCCCAGGACGUAGACUUGGGUUCCGUCUUUGCACAGGCGAUUACUUUGGAUGAUGCAGCGAACGCCGUCAAUGAAGCACUUUUGCGGAAGCUAUCUACGAUGCUCGCACUGCCUCGGGAGCAGCUAGACCCAGAUACACCACUACAUACAUACGGUGUGGACUCUCUUGUCGCCGUCGAAUUGAGAAACUGGUUCGCGAAGGAAGUCCAUGCCGAGCUGGCCAUUUUCGACAUCCUAGGUGGAGCUACAACACGCACAGCAAGCACAUUGGCUGCGGUGAAGUCGAGACUCAAGAAGGGAAGCUGGGAAGAAACCAAGACUUAG